GUUGUAGAGGUGGGUGAGGAGGGGAAUGUCAUUUGCUCUUCUCCGUCAAGCAUCAAAAUGCCUCAGGCUAGCUCUGGUGUGACUCACUGUCAGGUGAAAGAGGUCUACUGGAGACUCAGACAGCAUCAGAGGGUGACUGCUGAAGACUCAGACAGCAUCAGGAAAAGUGAACAAUAGGGCUAAGGGCCCACCCAUCUGCUAAUAGGGGACUUCUAUGGGACAGAAGGAUGAAAAAGAAAGAAAUGGAGAGCACCUCUUGCUGAUGUCAGAAGCAGAGACCGACAAAGAGAAAUUUAGAACAACACAGAGUUUUGAAAAUGACCAGCAAAAUACUUCACCACUGUUGAAAGAAGGAUUAACCAGCCCUAUAUCCCAACCUCUUGGAGACCCAAACAGUUGUACCAGCUCCUGCCCUCUUCAAGUUCUCCCCAUUGUAAUUCUAAAUCAAGCAGGUCAUCCAGAAACUCAACUAGCAAUUAAGGAUGAGAAACCUAUGAAAGGUAUUGUUCUCAGCUCAGUAUCAGAAUUCAGCAUCACAGAAGUACCAUCCAAGGACACCAAAAAUGAGAGAAAACUCUCAGAGUGUAGUACGUCAUCCACGUUGUCAUCCCUUAAGAAAUGCAGGACGCAGUUCAGCUACCUUGAAGAUGACGUGUCAGUUCACGAAAGAGACAGUAAUGAUGAAUGUGCCACACUCAUCCUGGCCUGCUUGUUCUGCCAGUUUUGGGACUUUCUGUUCAUGUUGCCUGAUGUCUGUGAAAAUUGGUUGACCAAUGUGUGCUGCCCUUCCCAUAGAUAUCAUCAAACUUCCAGUGAUGACUCCAGCAAUGGCGACUGCAACUGUGAUUGUGACGUUGAUUGCAGCAUAUUUGAAUCUUGUCAUGAAACCAGCGAGUGCCUAGAACUGGCUCUGGAGAUUUCUCAAGUCUGUUACCACUAAAUAUAAAAGAGUUUGCUGGAAUCCCUAUGAACCAUCCCUGCUGAAGGAUAGAUUUGUAAUAAUAAUAAUAAUAAUAAUAAUAAUAAUAAUAAUAAUAAUAAUGAAAAACAACAAUGAUGUUGGUGGUGAUGAUGAUGAUUGAUAUGUUUGAUAUACAGGGUUAUGUAAAUGUUAUAAAUCUUGUACAGUUUGUACUGCAUCACACAAAAAUCCAUUUUUAGAAUUUAAUAAUUGCUACAGAUGGAGGAAGGGAGGGCAAAGCAGGAAAUUGUUUCCCAACAGAUUUUAAGAAUUGUAUAAGAAGAGUUCUAGAGAGAUAAUAUUUUUUAUUUCUUCAUAUGCCCACCCUUCCCUAUUGCAGGCAACAUUCCAUGAUUCAAAGUGUCAUCAGACAAUUACUAUCAAAGCCAAACUACAGCCACAGGUGAUUAUCAAUAUCCAAAAAGUGCUCGUCAUGAUUGCUUCCGAAAUAUCAUAUGGUUCCAUGGUGGGCCAUGUCUAUAAUUUGCAUGUGUCAUACAUAUUAUAAACAGGUGCCAUGUAGUUUCAAAGGCAUCUUUAGCUAUUUUGCCUCUGACAAGGUGAACUUUGAGUGUCAGUUUCUCUAACAAUAUGACUUUCCUAGCUCUGUCGAAUCAGUGUCAAAUAGACACAGCUUAUAUCCUCUUUCUGAUAACAUUAAAAACCAGGCUCACCCAAGGAAGCUGAUCAAUAGUAGGUUAAGGAAAGUCCCCAUCACCCAAAAAGAUACCUUUCCCCAAACAGAUGAGCAUACAGAAUCUAAUGUCAGAAGAUAUGGCUGCAUCAUUUGAUUCAAACCUUCAUGGUCAGAGGGAGUAUCCUUCUUGAGUAUAUGCUGAGGAAAGGCAACAGAGAAGAACAAUUUCCUUCAGGAUCUAAUGAUGGACUUCACCUGGAGUAGCUGCUUGAUUGCUUGCUAGUGCCAUUGAGAGUAGCACCACUGGAUCAAUAGCCACUUGGAAUAUCAACAAUUAUUUGAAUUCCAUUUUUUUAUUUAUUUAUUUAUUUGGAGGGGGUCUCCAUUACUUCGGACUAGCAAGUGGAUUAUAGCCAGUAUGUUGCUGGCUGUUUUCAUGUCUUUAUGGAUAAAUUCAAUUAAUUUCUUUAUUUGAGAGGAAGAUUCCCCCCACCCAACCAUAUAUACAGGAGAAAUGCUAGCAUUAUUUUUAGGCUUGCAGUCAGCUUAUCUUCCUAAUGGAUUUUAUAUAUAAACACAUAUUCUACAUUGUUGGUUAUUAUUAAUAAUGGAUGAUGUUACAUCCUUUUACAAUUAAAAAUUUAUUUUUAUGGUCUCUUUCAACACACACGCACGCACACACACACGCACACACUUCACUUACAUCAAAAAAAUUAAAUGACUUAUAAACCAGACUAGUCAUAAUUACAGCAAAUGUGUCCUUUAAAAUAUCUCAAGUGAAUUUUGAAGAAUGUGUGUUUUACUAAAGCAUGGAAAGUCAACAAGUCUGAGGUUUCCACUAUAAAGCUGUGCUUGGCUAACCUCCAUAGAAAAUGAGAACACAUUUUCUCUUCUUUUCACUACUUGUUUUGUUUUUAGCAUAUUGGCCAUAUAAGAGUGAAAGGAUUCUGAACAUUACUGCAACACUGGAAAAUUAAUAUAUUUCCAGAGAUUAAGAAAAAGGAAUCCCCUUUUCAUUUCUCUUAAAAAUGACACAAUUCCUUCUAGCCUGAAGAGCUCUGAUGUAAAAUUGUCUUUCUUUUCCCCCACUAUGGACCUCAGAACUGUCAGUGAAUACUCCAUGUAGUUGGUUAUGAAGACAGGGACAUUCAGAUGUCAAAUAUGAUGUGAAAUAUUCAUACUAAGCAAAGGAAAAAUGGGAAACUGAAUUGGUCAGAACGAAGCUGACAGGUCACAAUUAUUAUUUUUUUAUGUAAUUGGAUUUAGAAAGUAGAAGCAUUUCCAUAAGCAAGUAAAUUCUAGAGUGAGGUUUACGUAUCCAUAUAUCGGCCUCUGGCAACCUCUGUGUCAAAUCCAGAUUAUUAAAAAAGCAAUCCCGCAUGGGAGCACAGAACAAUGGCUAUCGCACUGAUCCAAACUGGCAGAGGGCUUUGUGGGCUAGAGAAUUCUGACCAGCCAUUUUCUAGCCCCUUUGCAAAACCUACCAACUGGGACACAACAUGCAUUCCUCUCUUAACUCUUUGCUUCUCGAAAAGAAGCAUAGCAUUGUUUAUAUACUACUACUAGACAGACUGUUACUGUUUUUCAGAAUUAGUAGAUUGAAUUGAUUUAAUACUCAUGGUCAAACACUAACCAGGUAUCCUGCCAGAUGUAAAUGGCUUAAUAUCUCCAACAAACUGAUGCAUGUCAUUUCCUGAAAGAAAAAAAAGGAAAACUGUAAUUAAGAACCUUAAUUAUCACAUUAAGGUGGCUGUGGAAAAUAUUUGUCAAAAAUUUUUAAAAGAUGAUUCUUCUCUCUUUUCAAACAUAUGUGAAUCUUAUUCUAGAGCUCCAUGCAUUCCAGUUGCGAUUUGAAUAAAUGUACCCCCUCCUUUCUUUCGUUUGACUGGGAGGCAAAUGAAAUAAAUCUAAUUUUGUUUAUGUAUUCAAACAAAGAUGAAACAACCUUCUCUUUGAAAGAAUAAAAUGG